AUGGAGCUCCAAGAUCUCACCAUGAAGCCCAAACCUCAGGCGCCACCGAUGUCCGAUGGGCUCUUACAGCAACUCGGCGACUCCGUCGGCAUCAACAACUCUCCUGCACACCAAGUUCUCGAACUCAAUGAUGCAGAGGACCACAACGCCUAA